AGAAGAGUCUGAGCUGGAAAAAAUUCAGAAAAGAAGUAGCCAUGAAAGCUAACAACAACAAAUAUUAAAUCAUGUCAUCUGGACAAGUUUCUUUAGGGGAGAAACGUCUCAUCUUUCAUCGGAAAGACUUCUUCAGUCUGAGGCCUGCUAACCCAUGAAAGCUAACCUUUAGGUGGCCAGGAACGAGCGGACAUAUCGUGAUUUGACACCCGCUGUUAGCCUGUUAGCGUAUUAGCCUGUUAGCCCUAAUUUUUGAAGAAACAGGACUGAUCCUCUCAUUUGUACCACAGGCUGAGUGGACAUCACUCAACCCUGAGCAUUUUCAACACUUUUCAGCUCACACAAUGUUCCCUGCACAAGUUCAACAGUUGGUUCUGAUUAAAGUAGAAACUCCUGAUGUGGACCAGCAGGACCCGGCGUUACUCAACAUAAAAGAGGAAGAUGAUGAACCCUGGACCAGUCUGGAGGAAGGGGAUCAACUCAGUGUGAAAGAGGAAACUGAUGUCCCCAUAUUUUCAGUCACUCCGUUUCCUUUGAAAAGUGAGGAUGAUGAAGAGAAGCCUUCAUUCUCACACCUUCAUCAGCACCAAGUAGAAGACAAAAAUAUUCCAACCAGCAGCUCGGCUAAUUGGAUGGAUGCAGCAGCUGUUGGAGAGGAUUGUGGAGGUGGAGAAACUCCCUGGAACUCAAAUGUAAAGAUUCACAAAGAUGAUUUCAGUCCUUCAGAAACUGACGUCAGUGAGGAUGAUGAGGAUGGGGACUUGUCAGACUCUGGGCCAAAAGUUGAAGACACUAACAAAGACUGGAAGGAGAGCAGAUCUGCUUCUGGCAUAGAUACCGUCAGCAAAUCUUUGAGCUGUUCUGUGCGCAGAGAGCAGUAUGUCAACAACCAGUCUCUUCAGAGUCACAUGACAUGUCAUUCAGACGUAAGGCCUUCAAGCUUUAAUAAGAAAUGUGUUGAAAUUAAUAAAAAUGUGGAGUCGCACAGAAAAGUGCAGGCAAAACCAAGAAUGUUUAGUUGUGAUGUCUGUGGGAAAAGUUUUGCUUAUAAAUCAAAAAUAAAUGCACAUGUGAGAAGCCACACGGGAGAUAAACCAUUUCCUUGUGAUGUGUGUGGCCAAAGGUUUAGUUAUAGUACAAGUUUAAAGGCACACAUGAGAAUCCACACAGGAGACAAACCAUAUCUCUGUAACGUUUGUGGACAAAGAUUUAGCCAUAUGACAAAUUUAAAUGCCCAUGUGAGAAUCCACACAGGAGACAAACCAUUCUCAUGUGAAUUUUGUGGACAAAGAUUUAGCCAAAAGGGACAAUUAAACUUGCACACAAAAAUCCACACAGGAGACAAACCAUUUUCAUGUGAGGUUUGUGGACAAACGUUUAGACAAAAAUCAUAUUUAAACUCACACAUGAGAAUCCACACAGGAGACAAACCGUUUUCCUGUGAUGUUUGUGGUCAAAGGUUUAGCCAGAAGUCAAAUUUAAAUAAACACAUGAGAAUCCACACAGGAGACAAACUCUUUUCCUGUGAUGAUUGUGGACAAAGCUUUAGCCAGAAGUCAAAUUUAAGCAAACACAUGAGAAUCCACACAAAGGAAAAAAAUGAGUCUAGCUGUAAAAAUGUUUAAACAGUUCCUGGAGACCCACUUUUCAUUCAACCUUUAUACACGUUAGCCUCAUUGAGCCAUGAGGAAUCAUUUACAUGAGACCUGUUGGACCACUUGAGAGGUCACAGGACUGAAAGUUCACGGUUAGUUCCAAGGUUUGUAGCG